AUGGGGUCUAGACAUACUAGGGCCAUUCCCGAUGGCAUCUGCUCAACGAAUAUUCCUGCUGGUAGCUACAGAUUACUUCACAAAGUGGGUAGAAGCUUAACCUUUGGCAACCAUCAUAGAAAAGAAAGUGAAAGGGAUGAUCAUGGAACAGAAUUCGACUCAGAUGCGUUCAGAGCUUUUUGUUAUCGAUGGGGAAUCAGCCUAAGAAUGGCAUCUGUAGCAUACCCCCAAGCAAACGAACAAGCCGAAGCAAGCAACAAGACCAUACUACACGGCUUAAAGACCCGACUAGAGAAGGCAAAAGGUGGAUGGGCCGAUGAACUCCCCAGCAUCUUGUGGGCAUAUCGCACAACUAGUCGUGUACCCACCGAGGAAACACCUUUCAGCUUGGCAUAUGGAACUGACGCCCUUAUCCCUGUGGAAGUGGACCUUGGCUCACCCUGA